AUGCCAACUACCACAUCCGCCUCUGAUAAAUCGAGACAAACAUCAGGAGGCAAGUCUUUCUUUGGGAGGAAGCUACAUAAGGAGAAAUCAGCGGAGGAUCGGUACGAUGCCCAUGGGAGUUUGGAGACCCUCGCCCCUCCGUCAAGUGCCGCCGGUUCUCGUUCAUCGCGAUAUUCGAAGCGGUCGUCAGUCCAGUCUGUGGAUUUUGGCAACGAAAUAGACCCCUCUUAUCUCACAACGCCAGGAGGCGUAAUUACGUCGAUACCCUUCGAUAGCUUGUCAACCGAUACCAAAUCGCCGAUUCCUGUCGAUUCUAUUUCCAAGGCUGAGACCUCACCCCGAAAGGAGCCAUCACCGGGACAUUUAGCGAAAUUACCAGGCGAUUUCCACCAGUAUCCGGCGUGGAACCCGACCGAUAUGAAGCAACAAUAUUCACACCCAACGGGGCCCCGGCCACCACCACAUGCCACCGGUGUAGCAAUGAGCUCAAGUUCUACCGGAGAUAGGGGUGCACGAUAUCAACAGUGGGGGAGACCUGGAAGCUCUGCAGCUAAUACUGGGUUUAGUCACCACUCAUUGUCGACGGUGGAUUCCUCCACAAACUCUCGCAUGUCCAUUGACCAAGCCAGUGUCCACUCUUCACAUUCGUCGAACACUAGGGGUUCAAGUUACUUCUCAACAGACGCUUCGUCGCGUACGCCUGGGCCUCAACAUACGGCGGAUCGGAAUACUUAUUUUGGCGUUGCAAACUCCGGCCGUGGAUCGAGCUCUCAAUCCGCCAUCCCACCGGCCCAACCGAGGGUAGCACACAGUACAGAGCAAUAUCUCACCAGACCAAGAGAUGAUCGUAUUGUGGAUCAGCUCUUCUUCGAAUUAAUGCAGAAGCGGGGCUGGCAAAAUCUCCCGGAGCAAGCUAGACGGCAAAUGAUGGCAUAUCCGGCAUCGAAGAAAUGGACACUGGUUCACCAAGACCGCUUGACGGAACUACAAGGGGAGCAGAAGCGCAAACAGCAUGCGCGCCAGACUCACGGAUAUGAUGGCCCAUCAGGGAUUCUGGAACGAGCAGACGAAGAGGGAAGCCCGGAGUGGUAUGUGAAGAAGGUAAUGGACGACACGAUAACAUCGAAACAGCUGGCAAGCUUGAGUGUCAGUCUGCGAACGCAACCGAUCAGUUGGGUGAAAGCGUUCGUUGAGGCACAGGGUCAAAUCGCUUUGACGAACGUACUCGUAAAGAUCAACCGCAAGAAAGUUACGGGCCCCGUCCCUGCACCCCCAUCUGGCGACAAGGACUUGGACCGCGAGUACGAUAUCGUCAAAUGUUUGAAAGCGCUGAUGAACAACAAAUAUGGCGCGGAUGAUGCCCUCACCCAUCAGCAAAUCAUUGUGGCCCUGAUCAGCUCGUUGCUCUCCCCCCGUUUGAACACCAGGAAACUCGCGAGCGAGGUUCUCACUUUUCUUUGCCACUGGGCGGAUGGACAGGGCCAUGAGAGAGUCUUGCAAGCUCUGGACCAUGUUAAAAACCACCAGGGUGAAACCGGCCGCUUUGAUGCCUGGAUGCGUAUCGUUGAGGUAACAGUAGACGGCCGUGGAAAGAUGGGUAGCCUGGUCGGUGCGAGCGAGGAGUAUCGCAGUGGUGGUGUCGGGAUGGAGAAUCUUCUCAUGGAAUAUGCAGUCUCCAGCAUGAUCCUUAUCAACAUGCUGGUGGAUGCACCGGAGCAUGACUUACAGCUACGAUGCCAUAUCCGAGCGCAGUUCAUAUCAUGCGGCAUUAAACGUCUAUUGACGAAGAUGGAGGGCUUUCAAUACGAAGUCAUUGACAAACAAAUUGAGCAUUUCCGGGAGAAUGAAGCCAUUGAUUACGAAGAUCUUCUGCAACGGGAGGGCGGCAGUACGAAGGACAGCAUCGAAGGAGAAGUAAAGGACAUGACGGACCCGCUCCAGAUCACAGAUGCUAUCGCUUCUCGCAUCAAUGGGACAAGAUCUCAUGACUACUUCCUUUCUGCUUUGCAGCAUCUGCUUUUAAUCCGGGAGAACUCUGGGGAGGACGGUCUCAGAAUGUACCAACUUGUGGAUGCUAUGCUCAGUUACGUUGCCAUGGACAGGAGACUACCGGAUCUUGACCUGCGACAGGGGUUGACAUUCACUGUGCAAAGCUUGCUAGAUCGACUCCAUACGGAUGCCGAGGCUAGGCAAGCUUACGACGAGAAUCUGGAAGCUCGACAAAUCGCGGAGGCUGCAAUUGCUGAACGUGAUGAGAUGAAGGCCCAAGUUGAGCUAGGUGCUGAUGGGCUGGUGAAAAAGUUGCAGAAGCAGAUUGAGGAGCAGACCGGCAUAAUCGAGCUCCAGAGCAGGCAAAACGAGAUGAUUAAGGCCGAGCUCUCAGAUGUUCAGAGGCUUCGUGCUCAGGAGUUGCAAAGAAACGAGCUGGAGACUCGAGAACUCUAUCUCAUGCUCCGAGAUGCUCAAGAUAUUGCUGCGUCGAAUGCCAAGAAAGCCAACCUAGAGAAUGCUGAAGUUGAUCCAGCUCAGAUGAAUGGUAUUCUAGAUCGGGAGAAGCUACUGGGACGGCUGGAGAGGCAGCUUGAGAGGACGAAGACCCAGUUCAAGCUGGAAGGCAAAGUCUGGGGUCAGCACGGACCAUCAGACCGACUACGCGAACUCCGCGAGCAAAUGGAUGGUGAUGUCGGGCCCAAUGAAGAUUUUGAGGAACAAGCUCGCCUGAAUCUCAGCAUGAACCCGGUGGGAUCUGUGUACCGAAAGAGGACCUACAUCCAGGGCAUGGAGAAUACACCCACCGAGGAGCAAGAUCAAAAUGAUGAAGGAGUUGUUUAUGAACAGGCGCGGAUUGUGGAUGUUCACCGGCCGCGCAUGAAUCCAGAACAAGCAACUGGCCUUCUCGGCGAAAUCGCUGCUAAGGUUCCAAAGAUCGAUGCUUAUGAUGAGACGCAAGGCGCUAAGUUGACUGAAGCUGGACAGCCAGAAGCAGAACAAGGAGCAGAAGUGGCCACCAAGAGCGACGAAGCGCUGGAAGACGAAAAGAAAGCCCAGGGUGAAGGCGCCGUACCACCACCUCCUCCUCCUCCGCCGCCUCCCCCACCAGGUGUCUCUGGAGCAAUCCCCCCUCCGCCGCCGCCUCCACCGCCUCCACCAGGCCUCCCUGGGGCAGCUCCUCCGCCGCCGCCGCCUCCUCCUCCGCCCCCAGGAUCAGGAGCAGCCUUUCCUCCCCCACCGCCGCCGCCGCCUCCACCAGGCGCUGUCGGUAUGCCUCCCCCACCGCCGCCACCUGGUGUGUUUGGAGCACCACCACCACCACCCCCACCCGGUACAGUAAUUGGGGGGUGGAGAGCAAACUACUUGGCUUCACAAGGCGCUCCAUCGCAUGCCAUGCCUGCCAUGUCAUCCAUUAGACCCAAGAAGAAGCUCAAGGCCCUCCACUGGGAUAAGGUCGAUGCGCCACAGGUUACAGUAUGGGCAACGCACGCAAACAAUCCCGAGGAUAAGGAGGAGAAGUACACCGAGCUGGCCAAGAAGGGUGUACUGGAUGAAGUAGAACGACUAUUCAUGGCCAAGGAGACCAAGAUUUUCGGAGGGGGUGUUGCAGCCAAGCAGCGGAAGGACAAGAAACAAAUAAUCUCUAACGAUUUGUCCAAGAAUUUCCAGAUCGCCCUGUCCAAAUUCUCUCAGUACCCUGCCGAAGAUGUUGUCAAAAGAAUCAUCCACUGCGACACCGAAAUGCUGGAUAACAUGGUUGUUAUGGAGUUCCUACAGCGGGAUGAGCUGUGUACAAUUCCCGAGAAUGUAUCGAAACUCAUGGCGCCGUACAGCAAGGACUGGACCGGACCUGAUGCCGCCAGCUCCGAACGAGAACAGGAUCCCAACGAGCUCACUCGCGAAGACCAAAUUUACCUUUAUACUGCAUUCGAACUGAACCACUACUGGAAGGCAAGAAUGCGCGCGCUUUCGUUGACUCGCUCUUUCGAACAGGAUUAUGAACAUAUCUCUGCGAAACUUAAAGAGGUUGUUCGAGUAAGCGAAUCGUUAAGAGACUCUGUCUCCUUAAUGAACGUGCUCGGCUUAAUCCUAGAUAUUGGUAACUUCAUGAACGACGCCAACAAACAGGCCCAGGGUUUCAAAUUGAGCUCUUUGGCUCGCCUCGGAAUGGUCAAAGACGACAAGAACGAGACCACGUUUGCUGAUCUUGUCGAACGUAUUGUUCGGAACCAAUAUCCGGAAUGGGAAGACUUCACUGAUGAAAUCGGCGGCGUUAUCGGCCUCCAGAAGCUCAAUGUUGACCAGCUACGGACGGAUGCAAAGAAGUACAUCGACAACAUCAAGAAUGUGCAGGCAAGCUUGGAUGCAGGGAAUCUCAGCGAUCCGAAGAAGUUCCACCCUCAUGAUCGUGUCAGCCAGAUUACUCAACGCAGUAUGAAGGAUGCCAGGCGGAAAGCGGAGCAAUUGCAGCUCUAUCUGGAAGAAAUGGUCAAAUCCUAUGAUGAUAUAAUGGUCUUUUACGGCGAGGAUAACUCCGACGAUGGUGCUCGGCGCGACUUCUUUGCGAAACUGGCUGCGUUCUUACAAGAGUGGAAGAAAUCUAGGGAGAAGAACAUGACGCUGGAGGAAGUUAGGAAACGCACUGAAGCGUCUCUGGCUCGUAAACGCAUUAAUGCUGGCCUUGCGAACAGUGCAGGUGUGGGUGGAACUGGAGACUCUCCGCUCUCUCCAGCUACGAGCGGAGCUAUGGAUUCACUCUUGGAGAAGUUACGUGCCGCUGCUCCUCAGGCCAAGGAUCAGCGUGACCGUCGCCGCCGCGCGAGACUGAAGGAACGUCAUCAGGUUCGAGUCGCCUCCGGGCAGAAGAUACCUGAUUUUGAAGACUCCGAAGGCCAGGAUAACGGUGCAGAGGGGGAGAAUGGUGGUACUGCUGACCCGAAUGGCACCGACUCCGACCUCUUGAGUCCUCCAAUUCCGGAAUCUGAAGGAACUGGGGGCACGGGAAGCGAGGACGUCGCGGACCGUGCAGCGAGCAUGCUGCAAGGGCUAAGAGAUAAUACCGACCCCGAACGCACACGGAGACGGCGAGAAAGUGCAGAGGAAGAACGCAGAAAGCGUCGACAAAGGAGGCGCAACGGAGCAACUAGUGGAAGUAAGGACAGCACUGAUACUACGCCUUUGUCGCCUGUAACCGAACCGACUUCAACCUCCCUCGAUGAGCCCAUGGAUCCAGACAAUAUGGCUCUUUCGAGUCCACCAAAUGGAGAAAAUCCAACGUCGAACACUCCAACUAUUGUUUUAUCAUCGAAUGCUUCGGAUACGCCUGAUGAUGAGAAUCGCCCUUCAUCGAGCUAG